UGCAAUUGAAUUUUGGAGAAAGAAGUGUUCCUAUUUGGAGAGUGAAAUUGGGAAUUCAACAAUGGGAUGUGUAGAGUCACGCGUUUGUAAUUUGGUGAGCUUAGACCCAAGGAAUGGAAAAGAAAGUUCGAUAUUGAGAUGUCAAGAAUUGAGUUAUUCUGAAAUGAUAGAGUCUGAAGUGCCGGGUUUGCUGAAUGAGAUUACUCAAAGUGGUGAAAGCAACAUGAGCAAACCUACCACCAGCACUGAUACAAUUGUAGGGGGUGGAUCUGCCAAAUUUUGGACCAAAGAGAAAAACGUUGAAAGAACUGCAGCAUUAAAAUCAUUGACAAAAACUAGGGCCUCGAAACGGAGGAAGAUGGUAACAGAAGGUGAUCAAACAAGUAAUGAACCAGCUUUAAAUGACAACUGUGACUCUGAUAGCAUCACAGAAGGUGGUUCUCCAGAAGUUCAGACAAAAAUGAAAAAUGUCAAAAGAAUAAAAGGAUUUGAAGAACCCGUAAUUGAGUUGGAGAGCAUGGAGCUUUACAAAAGUAACUGUUUUGAAUUGUCUAUGGAGCUUAAGAAGAAUAAGGAGGAGCUUGAGAAGAAUAAAGUAGAGCUUGAGAAGAUGAAAGUGGAGCUCGAGAAGAACAAGGGUAAAUUAGCAGAGGUAGAAGAAACUAGAAAGAGUACUGCUAAAGAUUAGAAUGCCACUGAAUUUUGGAGAAAGAAUUGCGAUUUGGAGGGUCUAGUCCAGAGAAUGGAAAAUGAAAAUUCAACAAUGAGAGGUGUAGUGUCACGCAAACCUAAUUUGGUGAGCCUAGUCCCCAGUAAUGGAAAAGAAAUUUCGAUAUUGAGAUGUCAAGAAUUGAGUUAUUCUGAAAAGAUAGAGUCUGAAAUGCGAGGUUUGCAGAAUGAAAUUACUCAAACUGGUGAAAAGCAAAGAGAUAAAAACAACAUGAGAAAACCUAAUGCUGAAACCAGAGGUGGAGGGAGCAAGGAUCCUCGUGUUUAUGAACUGAAAACCGAAGAGAAGGUGCUGAAUGUUGAAGAAGGGAAGGGUUGGGGUUGUUUGGAAGAGAGACCAUGUCAACAGGGAUCAUCAUCUCAAGCUGAUCCGCAAAUUUGUAAGAGGACAUUUGGGAACAUGGUCUCAGACUCAAAUGACGGUGGUGAUAGUCUUAGCGAAUUUGAAGAUUCUCAUGGUGGCUCAAUGGUUAUGUUGGCAAUGAAAAAUUUGAAUACGAACAAAGACAAAAUGAAAUGGAAUUCUGAGGGUGAUAUGCUCUUUUCAUUUGAAGAGGAUUCUGAGCUCUGCAUGAAAGCUGUCUGUGUUUUCUAUCGACAAGAAAUAUCCGAAGAUGAAAUAUCUCCCAAGGGAUUGGUCAUUGACAGUGACAUGCUCAGGUGUAUUACUUUGGCCAAAUUUCUAUUGGAAGGGGACUGCAAAGGUGAUCUCAAGAAGUCUUUUAAAGAGUUGGAGACAUUAGAUUCUGAAGCGGUCGAUGACUGCAAGAGGCUGGCCAGAAGCUACUCAAAGCAGUUAUUCAGCAUCUACCAAAACGGAAAAGAUCCAUUUUACCUUCCAUCUGCAACUGCUAAGUGGCCUUAACUUUUUGCACCUAGACAUUGGAAUCUUGCAUCUCCCUUUAACCUCCUCUAAUUUUGUACACACGUAAAAUGGAAAACUGGUUACUAUACCCAAUAGUACAUUGGAUGUGUGUUGACUCUGCAAUGUAGCAAGUCAUAAGGAGUAUUACGGUAGCUACACUUUAGGUUGUUUUGAGAGGCGUACAUGGUUAAAAAAACUACCCUUAUUUUGCUCAUGGAACUUCUUAUCACUUAAGUUAAAGCUAGGUUACCCUC